AUGGUGGAGGCUUUCUGUGCUACGUGGAAGUUGACGGACAGUCAGAAUUUUGACGAGUACAUGAAGGCUCUAGGUGUGGGCUUUGCCACUAGGCAGGUGGGAAAUGUGACUAAACCAACAGUGAUCAUCAGUCAGGAGGGGGACAAAGUGGUGAUCAGGACUCAAAGCACAUUCAAGAACACAGAGAUUAGUUUCCAUCUGGGAGAAGAGUUUGAUGAAACCACUCCAGAUGACAGAAACUGUAAGUCUGUGGUUAGCCUGGAUGGAGACAAACUUGUCCAUGUACAGAAAUGGGAUGGCAAAGAGACAAAUUUUGUAAGAGAGAUUAAGAAUGGCAAAAUGGUCAUGACUCUUACUUUUGGCGAUGUGGUUGCCAUUCGCCACUAUGAGAAGGCAUAG